AUGGUAAGGCCGAAGAAGGAGGCCUCCGGCGGGCCCUCGCUCAUCGAGUUUAGCACAGAGGUCCCCAUCUCAGCGGCGCGGGAUGAUCCCAACGAGGGCCUCAUUUUUGGCGACAUGCCGGAGCGAUGCACCUGCAUGCAUUGCGAGCGCUCCGUGGUGACUUUCAUCGACUACGAAGCCUCCUGGGUGACCUGGCUCCUGGCGAUUGUUGUUUGGUUCAGCCUGGGCUGGAUGGCCUUCUGGGUUCUCCCACUCCUGUGGCCAGCGUUCAAGGAUGUGGUUCACCACUGUCCACGCUGCCUCAACGUCAUUGCACGAAAGUCGCGCAUCUCGUUUCCAACCUUUCGGACCGAGGUUUGCAGCUUGAAGGUUGGCAACUGCGCUGUAGUGCUGGCUCGGAAAUACGCUGGAGCCUCAACCGGAGAGCCUCUUUUUGGGGCUACAGUACAUGCCAUGCUCGAUUGA